CGGAGCGGAGCGGUAACCUUACCCCUUGGCGACAGCAGCUGGUCGGUUUCUCGAGGCCCGGGCUCCCCGUGGCCGAAGGGGCCGGGUUUGGGGCGGCCAAAGCCUCGGGGAGGCGCGUCUCGGGCCGGAAUCUGUGCGGAGUGGCGGAUAUGGCUCGUGGACAGCAGAAGAUUCAGUCGCAGCAGAAAAAUGCCAAAAAGCAAGCUGGACAAAAGAAGAAACAAGGACAUGACCAAAAGGCUGCUGCCAAAGCUGCCUUAAUAUAUACCUGCACUGUCUGUAGGACACAAAUGCCAGACCCUAAGACCUUCAAGCAGCACUUUGAAAGCAAGCAUCCUAAGACUCCACUUCCUCCAGAAUUGGCUGAUGUUCAGGCAUAAAGUUGUUUACAGGUGAAUUCACGACACCUUUGGCUCUUCUACUGUCUCAGACCUUAGGUAACAAACCUGCAGCUGCUUUUCUAACAAACUGUUGAUCAGCAAAAAUAAAGGGGCUACAGAAACACUCAUUUUUAUGCUGUUCCCUUUUGGGCUUCAUGCAAAGACAAUUCUGUGUAAAUGUACAGUUGACUCUGAUUUGGAAAUCUGAAAAUCAGUCCAUCCUUGUUAUAAAAAAUUUUUUUACAAUUGUAAUUAUAUUGAUGUUCAUAUUGUGUAAAAUAACUCAUUUAAUAAAGUAGUACUUUGAUUUUACAACAUCACAGGAUAAAUGGUUCUAGAAAUUCUGUUCUAACCUUCCACAUUAUUUGCCUUAUAAAAAUCUAAUGAAUUCGUCAGCUAGAAUUGCAAGCGCAGUUCCUAUCUCCCUUUCUCAGCUCAGUGGCAGGUUCGCUAGUUACAUUGGAGCAGACUCAUUCAUAGUUUUAUUGGCAGCUGCUGGUCUAGGUGAAGAAUGACUUACCUGCUGCCUUAGUAUGUUACCACCAUGUGUCAUUUCCCCCUCUGAUCAUUUCCUGUGUUUGAGGUUGGAAUAUUUUGGCCUGCUGUGUGACCUGGCCGUAGCUGCCAGCCAGGUAUACCCUCUAGAUAACUGACAAAUUCCUAAUGUGGUUGGAUUUUCAGUGAGCCCUUCUGAAAGAAUAGGUUCUGAAGUAUAUGCCGUAACGAAAUAAUCCAGCUUUCGUUUAAUACAAAACCUGAUGGAUCACAUGUGAACUGGUAAAGAUCUAUCUUAUAUAAAUUACACCUAUGGAUUCUUUCACAAUUCUUCAGGUUCAUUAAUUUGAGAUUAAAACUCCAAAUUUGAUGGAAUUUAUUAAUAAUUUGGCCAAUUUUAUGAGUGGUUUUCCUUAAUAGGAAGAUUGGAAUGACUUGCUGCUGGGUUAAUUCCCAGAACCUUCUCCCUCCUUUCGUUUGUAAGUGAAUGGUUGGUUUUAGAAGUUUACUUUGUACUGGUUCCUGAAAUCAAAGACUGUACAGUAUGAUUUGUCUGAACUAGAAAAGUAUUAAAAUAGGCCAAUGUCCACAUUCUUUUGGCUCUAAGGAUGGGGAAGUGGGUUGGUUCCGAUGGAUGAGGUAUAUCCCAUCCAGUUAAGGAAGACUAAUUUUAGGGUCCUUCUAAUUUGCUUUUGUCAGCUAUUAGCUUUACUAGUGAAACUGCUUUAACUCGGUUUAAAAUUUGAAGUUAAUAUAAUAGGAAGAAAACUCAACUAUUUACUGGUAAUUGCUUACAGCCACGAAUCUGAUCCUGUGGGUCACAAAGCGCGUUCCCUCUUUCUGCUGUAAUUCAUCACUGCAUUUGUUUCAUAGCUGUGCGUAUUCUGCCCACCUUGUUUGACUUCACUGUAAGUUUAAAAUAAGAUAUUUACGAGGAAAAGCUUCAGUGGUGAUAGUUUCUUAGCAACUUCUGUUACGUUCUUACUUUAAAAUAGUCUUUUUUUUCCGUGUAAUUUCCUAAGUUCAGAUUUAAUAUCUGUUGUUUCCUAAUAUGUUGGUUACCAGAACAUUAGAAUUUGCCUGAUUGCUUGUGGUGGGUAUUACAGAAGUUCUGGUUAAAUUACAAUUUAAAGGUUUUUAAAAGUGCUUUGACCAUAUGUAUGUUUACAUUUAGUAACAAAUCAUUUACAAACCAUUCACAAGUUUUGGUUUUAUUUUUUUUUUCAUUUGUUUUACUGGCUGUAAUUCAGAAUAAAAGCUUUUUGUUCUUG